GGGAGAGUCUCAAUCUGUUUACGCGGCGGGAAACGGACGAUUUUGGGGGAAAGCGAUUUCCUCCCUCCAAAAGGAUCUGUCUUUCGCUCACUCCCCAGCAGGAAAACCCUAAUCCCCCAAAUCUUCACACCCCACAGAAAAACCCUAAAUUCCCUUCUGGGUACAGUGGAGUGAUAGGAAGCAAAGCCCUUUUCGCGGCUCUCCUCCGAUGAUCUCCAUGGCGUGUGUCCCAAAGCCCGUGGAGGAAGAGACCCAGAUCGAAAUCGAUGUCCACGACCACGCUGAUUCUCCAAUUCGCUACGCGUCUCUCGAGCGCGUGUACUCGGUUUCCUCCUCGUCAUUGUGCUGUCUCAGCGCGGCCGGUUCGCACAGUGUGAUGUUUAAGAAGGUCAAGGCCCAGAAGGUCCCCAUGAUCGACCCUUUUAGUGGGGACGGAGAAGACGCUGGUGGUCCGUGUGGGUUCAAGUUGCAGCCGCGGCGGUGGCCAGAGAUUAUCCGCGUCUACUCUCGCCGUAAGCGGCCGCGGCGGCAGAGUUUCAUGGAGUCCGUGUUGACGCGUAAGGAGGGAGUGGACAGUAAGGGCGUGGUUGUGAAGACUGAGAAUGUGGAGUUCGAUGAAAAUUGUUGUUUUGAGGAGAAGCAACAGAAGAAAAGGAGGAUCGGUAAUGGGGAGCUGGUAAAAUUGGGUGUGGAUUCGAGUAUUUUAAGCAGCUCCAUCGGUCCGCGUUUGAGGGAUUGUAGGAAUAACAAUGCGUAUACUGGGAAGAAGGAAAAUGAGUCAUUGAAGAAGAAGCGAGGCUCUGCCAAGAAUCUUGACAAUUUGUUUCCUUCUGCUUCAGCUAAGAGAUGGGUCAGCAGGUUGAGUUAUGAUGGCGCUGAUCCUAUAAGUUUCGUUGGGCUGCAAUGCAAGGUAUUUUGGCCAUUGGAUGCUGAUUGGUAUGCAGGUUCUAUUGUUGGAUACAAUCUAGAGACAAAUCGUCAUCGUGUUAAAUAUGAAGAUAAUGAUGAGGAGGCUUUGGCUCUUGAUCGUGAGAAGAUCAAAUUUUUCCUUUCUCGUGAAGAGAUGGAAGGGUUGAACCUGAAGCUUGGUACUAAUGAUGUGGCUGUUGAUGGCCGUGACUAUGAUGAGAUGGUUGUACUGGCUGCUACUUUAGAAGAGUCCCAAGACUUUGAGCCUGGAGACAUCAUAUGGGCGAAACUAACUGGCCAUGCUAUGUGGCCUGCCAUCAUUGUGGAUGAAUCUGUUAUUGGAAAGCGGAAGGGUCUGAACAAGGUAUCUGGAGGGAGAUCAGUCCUUGUACAAUUUUUUGGCACACAUGAUUUUGCUAGGAUAAGAGUAAAGCAAGUAAUCUCAUUUCUUAAAGGGCUUCUCUCAUCUUUUCACCUGAAGUGCAAACAACCUCGGUUUGAACAGGGCAUGGAGGAAGCAAAAAUGUAUUUGAGUGAACAUAAGCUUCCGGCUAGGAUGCUCCAACUACGAAAUGAAGCUGAUACUGAUGAUUCUGAAAGCACAAAUAGUGCAGAAGAGGACAGUUCAGGCUCAGGGGAAGAUUGCAUAAACAAUGGAGAAGUCUGGUUGAGACCUGGGAGACUUGGAGAUUACCUGCAUAUAAUAGACGAUUUGCGAAUAGUAAAUCUUGGAAAGAUUGUCACGGACUCUAAGUUUUUCAAAGACGAUAAACAUAUUUGGCCUGAAGGUUAUACAGCUAUGAGGAAGUUUGUAUCGUUAAAAGAUUCUAGCAUUUCUGCCUUAUACAAGAUGGAAGUGCUUAGAGAUGCCGAGUCAAAGACACGCCCUCUCUUUAGAGUGACCGCUGAUAGCGGUGAACAGUUCAAAGGAUCCAGUCCAUCUUCCUGCUGGAAUAAAAUAUAUAAUAGGAUAAGAAAGAUUCAGAGUGCUACUGAUGGUCCUAAUGUUUUGGGGGAAGGGACGCAUGGAUCUGGUACUGACAUGUUUGGCUUCUCCAACCCAGAAGUCAAUAAACUUAUACAGGGAUUAUUAAAAUCCAGACCAUUGUCCAAGUUUGCUUCAUGCAAGCAUAGCUCUGGAAGGUAUCAAGAUCUUCCUGUGGGUUACCGACCUGUUCGUGUGGACUGGAAAGAUCUCGAUAAGUGCAAUGUUUGCCACAUGGAUGAGGAGUAUGAGAACAAUUUGUUCCUGCAAUGUGAUAAAUGUAGAAUGAUGGUUCAUGCUAAAUGCUACGGGGAGCUAGAACCCCGUGAUGGUGUGCUGUGGUUAUGCAACUUGUGUCGUCCUGAGGCUCCUAAUCCUCCUCCACCCUGUUGUCUUUGUCCUGUAGUAGGGGGUGCUAUGAAGCCGACGACUGAUGGGCGUUGGGCUCAUCUGGCUUGUGCUAUAUGGAUCCCAGAAACAUGCUUAUCUGAUGUCAAGAAGAUGGAACCGAUUGAUGGGCUGAGUAGAGUCAGUAAGGAUCGUUGGAAGCUGUUGUGCAGCAUCUGUGGGGUAUCUUAUGGAGCAUGUAUCCAGUGUUCAAACAAUACUUGUCGUGUGGCUUAUCAUCCUCUCUGCGCCAGAGCUGCUGGUCUCUGUGUUGAGCUUGAAGAUGAGGAAAGGCAUUAUCUUCUAUCUAUGGAGGAUGAUGAACCUGAUCAGUGCAUCCGCCUACUUUCAUUCUGCAAGAGGCACCGGCAAGCAUCAAAUGACCAUUUAGAACCAGAGGACAGGAUGAGACCAAUUUCUCAAAUAGCUUCUGAGUAUGUUCCACCUCCCAAUCCAUCUGGUUGUGCUCGCACUGAGCCUUAUAAUUAUUUCGGAAGAAGAGGGCGGAAGGAACCUGAAGCCCUUGCUGCUGCAUCUUCAAAGCGUUUAUUUGUUGAGAAUCAACCGUAUAUUGUUAGUGGCCACUGUCUACAUGAAUUUUCUACCUACAAAGAUAUUCAUGGAUCAAAGUUGUCUCAGAUGAAUAUUCCAAGCAGCAUUCUUUCCAUGGCCGAGAAAUAUACGUACAUGAAAGAAACCUACAGGAAGAGAUUGGCAUUUGGCAAAUCAGGAAUUCAUGGUUUUGGCAUCUUUGCAAAGCUACCACACAGGGCAGGAGAUAUGGUGAUUGAAUACACUGGAGAACUUGUUAGGCCUUCCAUAGCAGACAAGAGAGAGCAUCUUAUAUACAAUUCAUUAGUGGGUGCUGGGACGUACAUGUUUAGAAUUGAUGACGAGAGAGUUGUAGAUGCAACAAGGGCGGGAAGUAUUGCGCACUUGAUUAAUCACUCUUGUGAGCCAAAUUGCUAUUCGAGAGUAAUUAGUGUUAAUGGAGAUGAGCAUAUUAUCAUAUUUGCUAAGAGGGACAUCGAAAGAUGGGAGGAGCUGACCUAUGAUUAUAGGUUCUUUUCAGUGGAUGAACACCUUUCGUGCUACUGCGGCUUCCCGGGGUGUCGGGGUGUUGUUAAUGACACGGAAGCUGAGGAACAACUAGCAAAGAUUCAUGCUCCUCGCUGUGAACUUAUAGACUGGAACGAGGAGUAAGAGAACUUCGCAUCUGCCAUGUCCAUGCGAGGAUAUUCCAAAGGAUGCUACAAAAACGUAUCGACCCGCUCUGCCAAUUUGUGGAGAUUAUGAUUGAUAUUAGCUCUUGAAGAUGCCUAUAAGUUUCUCUCAAACCUUUCAAUUUUCUUGAUAUUCCGGCGGCAAACGAACUACUUCCUCUUCCUGAGAUGCCCUCUGUUCUGUUUCUAUAUCUAGUUAGUUUCUGUCACAAAGCCAUUUUUGUACAGAUGAUAUUUAACUAGACCGCAAAAAAAACCCGUUUUUUAAAUGUAAAGCCACACUACAAAAAUUCUGGAGGAACAGCUGCGUUCUCUCUUCUUCA